UCAUGGCGCGGAGGAAGGAGUGCGGGUCUAUGCUCGCGCUGUUUUCAUGGUAAUGCGCCGCAACACGUCUGGAAGGCACUGCGCUCGACUGCACUUGUAAAUUGUGGGACCAGCGAAGGGGCUCGCUGCAAAAUAUAGCACAAGUCGUUCUUUUCUUUGUCGCGGAUAUCACCUCAGUUAAGGAAAGAAGGGAAAAUCAAGCUAUCUUAUUUUGCCCGUGGAUUCCAUUCCGAAGUAGUCAAAGUCUGGGAAAUUUGUUCGGAGAGAGAGCGAGAAGGUGAAGGGGUCUGCAAGUCUAACUGGGCCUCUAGCGAGUGAUGGCGCUAGUGUGCUGACUGUGGAGUAAUGGAUGUCACGUGAUCAGACUACCGCACUGUGACAAAAUUUCAUUCAAUCUAUGCUGCUUUAACAUUUUCUGAAGAGGGCUUUGCAAUGGAUGAAUCUGCCCUAUUGGACUUAUUGGAGUGUCCCGUCUGCUUAGAACGGCUAGAUGCUUCAGCUAAGGUUUUGCCUUGCCAACAUACCUUCUGCAAGCGCUGUUUGCUGGGGAUUUUAUCUUCUAGAAGUGAACUACGCUGCCCUGAAUGCAGGACUCUUGUGGACUGUAGUGUGGAUGAGCUUCCUAGCAAUAUCCUAUUGGUGCGCCUUCUAGAUGGGAUCAAACAGAGACCAAGAAGGCCAGGCACUGGAGGGGGAGGCUCUGCCAAUGGCACCAGUGGUAACUGCAACAAUGGGAGUGCACUACGGUCACAAAAUAGUAUGUUGCGGGAUCUUCAGGGAGUUUCAGGUGGACAACAGCAGAGGGUACAAGCUAGAAGCCCCCCAGUCAGGGGUGUACCUCAGCUACCAUGCGCCAAAGCUUUAUAUAAUUAUGAUGGCAAGGAGCCUGGAGAUCUCAAGUUCAACAAGGGGGACAUCAUUAUACUCCGGCGGCAAGUAGAUGAAAACUGGUACCAUGGAGAACUCAACAAUGUUCAUGGCUUUUUUCCCACUAAUUUUGUUCAGAUCAUCAAACCCUUACCUCAGCCACCACCACAGUGUAAAGCCCUCUAUGACUUUGAAGUGAAAGACAAAGAAGCAGAUAAGGAUUGUUUGCCUUUUUUAAAGGAUGAUAUACUGACAGUUAUUCGACGAGUGGAUGAAAACUGGGCAGAAGGAAUGCUGGGUGAUAAGAUUGGAAUUUUUCCCAUCUCAUAUGUUGAAUUCAAUUCUGCUGCAAAACAGCUUAUUGAGCUGGAUAAGCCCACUAGUACAGGAGACUCUGGAGAAGGGACCUCUGCAGCUGGCCAGUCUAAUGGCACACAGAAGCACACAGACACGAAGAAGAAUACAAAGAAGCGUCACUCUUUCACUUCCUUAACUAUGUCUAAUAAGGCCUCCCAGGCUCCCCAGAACCGUCAUUCCAUGGAGAUCAGCGGUCCUGUCCUUAUAAGUUCCAGUAACCCCACUGCAGCUGCUCGUAUUGGAGAGUUGGCUGGAGGACUUUCUUGUAGUGCACCUUCUCAGGUACACAUUGGUACAACUGGGCUAAUAGUCACUCCUCCUCCAAGCAGCCCUGUGACCACAGCAGCAUCGUUCACCUUUCCUGCCGAUGUUUCAUACUCAGUGGAUAACCUCCCUCCACCACCACCACCACCUCCUCCUUUGGUAGCUGCAGUGGUAGCUUCCACAUCAGCCUCUGCCAUUCCAGUCGGACAGAGGGCUUCUACUGGGGCACCCGAGCAGACAGUACAUCCAAGGCCAUCACAACGUCCCACUGUUUAUGUAGCUAUGUACCCAUACACCCCACGGAAAGAGGAUGAACUAGAACUGAGAAAGGGUGAAAUGUUUCUAGUUCUAGAGCGAUGUCAAGAUGGUUGGUUUAAAGGAACAUCCAUGCACACUGGGAAGAUUGGUGUUUUUCCUGGAAACUACAUGGCACCAGUAACAAGGACUGCUGCAGCAACAACUCAGCCAAAAGUAUCCACCGCAUCCAUGACUCAGGCAGGCCGUUGUGUAACCAUUGUCAGUCCCUCCUCAAGUGCGUCUGGAUCUCAGCAAAAACCACAUGCUAGUGGCAAUGGCCCAGAUUUUAACAAAGGGUUGAGCACUCUACUCCCAACAGCUGUAGUGCCUGCUGCUCACAUACAAACCACAAGUCCACAAGCAAAAGUGUUGAUGCAUGUGUCUGGGCAGAUGACGGUCAACCAGGCUCGAAAUGCUGCUAGAACAGCAGCAUCACAUAAUCAAGAGAGACCCACAGCCGCAGUGACUCCUAUUCAGUCACAGGGCAGUGUCAACUACAUCCCAGCUAUUUCUGUCAUGCCACAUCUUCCUAUUUCCCCACAGCAAGCAACUUACACUGCCCCUUCUGGGCUAAACCGACCGGCUGUGCCCCUAACCUGUGCUGCCUCAUCUCUCACUCCUCCUAACGUCAGUGCCACUUCUUUGGAACCAGAACCUUCCCUGAGACCAGUCUCAAUGCUAGCUGUUCCUAUUGCACCUGUCACAGCAGUACCGACCAGUACUGGCAUGGUCAGCAGACUGGAAAAGGAGAAUAAUAAGAAGGAGAAAAAAGGUUUGCUUAAACUGCUUUCUGGAGCCUCAACGAAGCGUAAGCCACGCUCUUCACCACCAUCCUCUCCAACGCUCGAAUCUGAGCAGUUGGUUAUGGAGAUGCUGCAGGGUGCUGUGGGUCCUGAAGUUUCUUCUGGUACAGUCUCCCAUGGAAGGGCUGUAUCCUGUCCUGUUGAUUCAGACGUGGCUGGGAAUGCAGUAGCCAGUGAUGUUCUGCACCGUAAAACCGGUUCUCUGGACUCCAGUGUGCCCAUUGCUCCUCCUCCAAGGCAGCCAUGUUCCUCCAUGAGUUCACUCCAACAAGAAUCUCGGCCAAUUGUAUGCGAAAGGUACAGAGUGGUCGUCUCCUAUCCUCCCCAAAGUGAAGCUGAACUUGAACUAAAAGAGGGAGACAUUGUGUUUGUGCACAAAAAGCGUGAGGAUGGCUGGUUUAAAGGCACACUCCAAAGAAAUGGAAAAACGGGCCUUUUUCCAGGAAGCUUUGUGGAAAGCAUCUAGAAACACAAGAAACUGAAAUCUGCACAAAAUUCACCACAACACAAUCAAAGAAAAUUAAUGAAUUAUGAAAAAAGUAUACAUCUGCAAAACACUUGAGCACAAUUUAAGACAAAACAAGAAAUCCCCAAUCAAGUUUUGCUUCUGUACUUUUUCUGUAAUUUGUGCCUUGUACUGCGUUUGGAUUUAAACACUUAAAAACACACAGUCACAAAAUAAAGCCAGUUUACAGAGCUACAAGUAAAUUAAGUUAUUGGAUUAGAAAAGUUUUUUUUUAUGUAAGAAGCUGUAGGGUUUUAACUUGUUUAAUUUAUAAAGACUUGUGUGUCUGAGGAGAAGCUGGAUUAUCUCCUUUGCGUUUUCAUUUGCCACAGUUACUGCGGCGAUCAGAGGUACUUCAGAUAUUUUGGUAAGAAUAAAUGCGAUUGUCCUUGUAAAGUUUUGUGAUAUUGUGGUCUGCACAUGUUGUACAACUGAAGAUGUUUCACCUUAAGGGGCACUUAAACAUUUGUUAGACUUUUGGAGCCAAUUUACAUGAAUAUCAUUGUUCUUGGAUAGAAUUGCCACACAAAACACCUGCAGGUCCCUAAAAAGAGUACAACAACAGAACCUUUGUAUGCCAGUUAAUGCUGCAGUUCAAAUAAACCGAUCCUGUGAAAGAUGGGCUUGUUUAUUUUAACAUACCUUAGGCAGUGUGGGAUUAUUCAAACAAAAUUCAUAUUGCAAUGCUUAAAAGUUUGAAUUUUUCCAUCCAGAUUGGUCUUAGAGUUUGCUAGCUAGAACAUUUUUAUACAGAGCGAGUUGACACUUUUCUGACAGAAGGACUAUCUAAAGAAUGAACAAUCUUGAUGAGAUUUUUGUCAUUGAUCUGAGCGACAGCCUGCAAUUUUAGUAAUAAAUUCCUUCCUAUGGCGUCCACCAGUGCCGUGACAGAUAAAUAUAUAGUAGUGCUGCUUUCUGACCCAAGAUGUGGCCAUUAAAUCAAAUGACAAAUUCCAAGAUCUACUGCUAUCACAAAGCUUAGAAGGAGUUCCAGAUAUGAGCCCCUGAUUUUUAGAUAAUGCGAAGGGUUUAUGUUCAUAAUGUACCAGCUCAGUGACUAACGUCUUGUGGUUUGACGACCAAGGGAUGUUGUUAGGAGGAAGAAAAAUCAAACUCUUAGACAGCACAGAACACUGUGAAGUAUUGAGUAUUUUAUGUGCAUUUCUGAAUCAUGGUAAUUGCAUGUGUUUUUAAAAAAGAAAAAAUAGUUUUGCACCUUUGCUCUGUUUAUCCGUUAUUCCAGCAGGGAGGGCCGAAAACUGUACAGUUGGCUUCGUUUUGUAAAAUACAUCCGUAUCACCCGGUGUUUUUAGUUGUGUUCAAGCGAGACAAAUGUUACCUAAACCAGUUGUGUGAGAAUACUGUUAUUACUGUCCAGCAUUGCCUUGUUAAAUUCAAGGUAGCACUAAGCAUUUCUGUUGUCCUCUUCUGUUUUCUCUUUUUUUUUUUUUUUUUUGUAUUCUAUUUGGUAAUUUAUCCAAAUGGAUUUACUUGAAUUUAGGUGCAAAGAAAUCCUGUUCUGUUUUAUGAAUUUGGCAGAGGAUGUGUUGGCACAGUUUGUUUCUUCUGUUCUCUGGUUUCAGUUAAACUACAAAUUAAGAAAGGAAAGAAAAUACAGUACUGAAACCAAAUUAAUGAUUUAUUCACACAUUUGUAUAAAUUACUGGUCAAUGUUUUAUACAUUAUCCCAAUGAUACCUCUGUUUAUAUGGUUUCUCUUAGAGUAUUAAUGAAAUUAAAUAUAUAAAUGUAUAAUGUCAAAAUGUUAAAAGGUUUUGUUAGCUAAAGUAUGUAUUUGUACAACUUAUUUGAAAAGUUAGAUUUAUGUCACUUUUUAUUAACUGUAUAUGGGGUUAUGCAACCUAGAAACAUAUCAGACAAAAGUUUUUGCUAAAACUCUUCAAUGUGAUGGGAUGGUUUGGGGACCUUUUUCUGGAUAAACAAAAGAUCAAAUAUAUAAAAAAAAUGUUCAUAAAA